AAGGAAAGAAAAAAAAAAAAAGAAAAAACUUUAAACUCAAGCAUCCCUUGAUUCAAUUAAUUGCCUUUCCAAAGUAUGUCUCCGUUUGGUGAUAUUACCCUCAUAAAAGAUUAGCAGAUCAUUUAAACCUUUUUCUUUUAAAGCUAAACCCUUUUAAAUUUUGUUCUCAAUUUCUAGCCGUUAAGAGGAGCUCUUCCUCUCAAAUCUCAGAUUGAGACAAAAAAGAACCCAUUUCAGAAAUUCAGUUUCUUUUUUCGCUUUUUUGCACUAAUUUCAUAGCUGCAAUUGUCGUUACUUUAUUGGCUUUCCCUUCUCUUUCUCUCUGUCUGUGUCUCUGCUUAUUUUUGUUUUCUAACUUUCCUUUCACAUUGUCGAAAAUUCUCUCUUUCUUGUCUUUUUAUAUUUGUUUCAAAAUCAGCUUCUUUUGCUUUUGAAAGAUUUUCUCUCCUCUCUUAGAUAAACACCACAUACAAAAACACAUUUGCUCAUCUUUGGGGGGCUUCUUCUAUAUUUGAUCAUUUCCAAUGCUUCACUGUUCAUAAAAUCCCCUGCUUUUUCACACUUAUACAGUUCCUACCAAUCUUUAGAGUUUAUUGCUUUCCUAUUUUUUUCAUGUUUUAUCGAAUACCCAUCUUCCAAAAUUGUUCAUUUCAAUCUUCUACAAGACUGUAACGUUAAAAUUUUGUUAAAAAGCUCUGAUCUUGAUUUUGCUCUGUCUCUGUUUCUCUGUAUUUAUAUAUUUAUAUUCAUUUUUUUCUUCUCUUCUCUGCUUUUUAUAAGUAUAAAAAGAAUAAUACCCUCUUUUCAAUAUCCAUUGGGAUUCUUGUGCUUGCUCUCUCUUUCUAUCUCGUCACGAUCUCGAAAAUCUCAACUCCGUGGCAAUAAGAAUCGCUUCUUUUUCGCUGCUUUUGCGUAGCCACUUCCCAAAAACCGUUUCUUUCCCUCUCUUUCUCAUAAACCCCUGAAAAAAAAAAAAAAAAAAACAAAUGGUUUUUAACUUCCAACGAUAAAAAAACCAUUACUAGUUGCUUAUUAUUUUUUCUUCAAGUUUAUUUCCUAGAGGUUUAUACUCCAAUGGGUAAUUCCUGGUUUCUCAGAUGUGUUUUGCUUUUAGGCUUAUUAGGGAGUUGUGUUUAUGGUCUUGGCGUUAAUUGGGGAACACAGGCUACUCAUAAAUUACCACCAAAAACAGUGGUUCAAAUGUUGAAGGAUAAUGGGAUUCAAAAAGUUAAGCUUUUUGAUUCAGAUAGAAACACCAUGACUGCACUUGCUGGGUCUGGCUUAGAGGUUAUGGUAGCUAUACCUAAUGAUCAGCUUGCUGCUAUGAAUGAUUACGAUCGUGCUAAAGAUUGGGUUAAAAGGAAUGUCUCAAUUUAUAACUUCAAUGGUGGAGUUAACAUCAAGUAUGUUGCGGUCGGGAAUGAGCCUUUUCUAACGUCUUACAAUGGAUCAUUCAUAAACAUCACCUUCCCAGCUCUUCAGAACAUUCAAAAUGCCCUCAAUGAAGCUGGGGUUGGAGACUCCGUAAAGGCCACCGUGCCAUUAAAUGCUGAUGUCUAUAACUCACCCACUGAUCAGCCUUAUCCAUCUGCUGGAAGAUUCCGUAUUGAUAUCAAUGACAUUAUGACCAACAUUGUUCAGUUUCUGCACAAAAACAAUGCACCUUUCACAGUAAACAUCUAUCCUUUCUUAAGUCUGUAUGGAAAUGAUGAUUUUCCUUUUGAUUAUGCUUUCUUUGAUGGGGCACCUCAACCUGUUGUCGAUAGAGGCACUGGAAUUCAAUACACCAAUGUUUUUGAUGCCAACUUUGACACCUUAGUCUCAGCCCUUAAAGCAGUUGGUUUUGGAGACAUGCCUAUUAUAGUUGGGGAGGUUGGUUGGCCUACAGAUGGUGACAAAAAUGCCAAAGUGGAUUACGCUUAUAGAUUUUACAAUGGACUGUUACCUCGACUUGCUGGCAAUAGAGGUACCCCACUUAGGCCUGGAUUUAUAGAAGUUUACUUGUUCGGUCUUCUUGAUGAGGAUGCUAAGAGCAUAGCUCCUGGAAAUUUCGAGCGCCACUGGGGAAUCUUUCGGUAUGAUGGGCAGCCCAAAUUUGCAUUAGAUCUUUCUGGUCAGGGUCAAAACAAGCUUCUUGUGGGUGCACAGAACGUGCAAUAUCAACCAUCGAAAUGGUGCAUGUUUAAUCCAAAUGCCAAGGACCUUAGCAAGCUUGCUGACAACAUAGAUUAUGCUUGCACUUUUUCAGAUUGCACAGCCCUCGGAUAUGGCUCUUCUUGUAAUGGCUUGGAUUCUAAUGGGAAUGCUUCUUAUGCGUUCAAUAUGUACUACCAGGUGCAGAAACAGGAUGACAUGGCCUGCAAUUUUCAAGGUCUGGCCAUGGUUACUACACAAAAUCUUUCACAAGGGACUUGCAAUUUCAUUAUUCAGAUAGCUUCUUCACCUUCCUCUCUUAUCCACCCUUCACGGGUGGGUUUCAUAUUUGUGACAGUAUUAUUAACAUUUUUGUUGCUAUAGGUUUAUUUUUGUAGAUAAAAAAUUGGAUGUAUUAUUUACAUACAAUAUUUUAUUUUUCACAGUUUCUUUGCUUUGUGAAUUUCAGUUACUUGAUUGAUUCAUUUAAUAAAAAAUUCACAGGAUUUUCUUGA